CCCUUCUUACAUCAUAUCCGGAUGUGAACAAAUGUUUUGUUUCUUCCCACAAGAACAUACAUGCUAGCACGUACACUUCUCAACACCAGACAACAUCUACCAGAGCUCCUUAAAGCUACUACAGAGAACAGACCUGAAGAGAAGCAGUCAACAGUGGCUGGAAUAGAGAGACACUGAGACACAACAAACAAACUGAGAGGCAGGAGGUCCACAUAUCUUACACAAAUCUAAAGAAAGACGGAAAAAACUGGAUCUUCUGUAUGCUACACAGUUUAUUGAAAAGGUGAUCUCGUAUGGUCAAAGCUUUAUGACUGCUUGCUGAAUUCCGACAGUGAGUCUGUGAACAUCUCUCCAGCCCCAGUCAUGGCCCCUGUCGAGGCUCUGCGCUUCCUGCUCCGUCUCCACCUGCUGUUGGCUGUGGCUGUGCUCCUGGCCUCUGCCCUCCAGACCCUGGACUCUGAGGAGGAGCUGCAGAGAUCUGGCUUCGGCCGCCCCCCGCCUCGCCACGGUCUCAAGCUGCUGCAGUGGUACGCCCGGAGCUGCCUGGACAACAACAUGCAGGCGCUGUGUGAGCCGCCACGAGGGGACUACGGCUUCCACUACUUCAAAAACCGCGGAGUACCGCCCGUGCUGCCCAGACUGAAGAACAGGAAGCUGAUGUCCUACUACACUGUGGGAAACCUUCACUCCCCGGGCGCCGAAGACCUGCCCUACGACGUCAAGCAGUACCACAACAGAAGCGAACCCCUCAGCAACAUGGAUCGCGUUCUGGUGAAGUUCAACCGCAACCAGAACCGCAUCGAGGAGAUCUUCAUCUCGGCGCACUAUGACAGGAAAUCCACCUACAUCAUUGGGCCUGCCCUUCUCUCCUCGCUGCGGCGACGCUGGCUGGAUCACCUGUGAGGCUGGAGUGGCGUUUAUUCAUCUAGCAGAAGCUUUUACCUGAAGCAACGUGCGAGGAAGUGCAUAUGGUAAGUGCAGUAGAUAAUCAAGGACUAAAAGCGUAGUGUUUGGAGAGUUCUGCAGAGGUUAGUGCUGGGGGGACUGUGUUACAAGAGACGGUGCAGAGAUGCAGUGAGUUCUGCAGACACAGAGGGAGUGUGCACAUGCUGUGUGAUUAGAAAUGAUUCAUCAUCCAUCGCUUCCUCUUGAUCUUCUCCACAAAUGAAACCAUGUAACAAGUCUCGAUUAAUAAAGUGUGUUUAUGUUCAACUCUAAUGUUUGGAACUUAUUAAACAACC